UUUAUAUUUUGGUCAGCAGAUAUCUAUGAACAUGAACCACCAAGUAAAUGGAGUGUUGAUUUAUUUUUUUUAAUUGUCAUUGGGAAAAACAUUAAUAUUUUCCUGUAUUAUCUUAAUCUAUAAAUUACUAAAAAAGGCUAAUUGUUUAUACCUGGGCUGGGUCCCCAGCCUUACAGUAUCCUAACAACACCUCCGUUUGGGACCUGAUUUCAUGAUUUAAUUCUAAUAACACAGAACCAGGUUUGUCUUUUCUGCUUUCUUCAUGUUUUGUUUUUUCUUUUUAGAUCUGAUCAGAUUGUUGUUUCUGUGCAGACCUCCAGAGCUGGUUCUGACAGACUCAUGGGUCAGUACUGGAUCACAGUUGGCAGAUUUUCCAUGUCAGAUCUGGACUGUUUGACACCUGCAGGAGAAUCACGUUGUGCACAGAGCGCCCCUCGAUGUUUUCCUCACCGGGAAGUAUAUUCCCUCGGCUCCCAGCAGGAGAACCUGCCCCCGACAGGAGUCGUGCGGCUGGUUCUGCUGACAUGCAGCCGCUACUGUAGCUCUCUCUGUGCUGUACAGUGUGUCUGCAUUGCGUCGAAUCCUCCACCCCUCCUCUCCCUGUUUUCCCUCACUCCCUCCUUCCCUGCUUCACUCACUUCUUUCCUCUCCUCAUGAAAUCCUGCAAUAUGCUUCCAAAUUAACAGACACACAUAGGGUCCGCAGCAGGAUCCUCUGCCUUAUUUCCCCUCCUCUCCUUCAUCUGAUUUUUUUAAGCGCUUUUCUCUUGAUGCAGCAAAGUCCGGUCCUCCCGUCAGGAUGUGAGCUUCAUCCAGCUCAUUAUUGUUCCUUUCCCUCCUCCUCCUCCUUGUUUUCCACUAUGAUUUUAAGAAAUGGUCAGUCGGGAUUUUUGCUGCUGCGUUCAGAGCCGUCAGAAACCUCCUCCUCUUCCUCCUCCUCCCCCUGCAGGCUUCACCGACUGACGCUGAAAACCAACACCAAGAGGAUACGGAUGUUGACCAAGACAACAUAGUCUAUUAAUAUUUCAGAGACACUGUAAAGAGAUAUAUGCUGGACGGCUGGAGAGGACGAUCAGUUCCAUCUGCUCCUCUCCAACUCAGGUAUCAGACGAGAACCUGCUGAGGGAACGUUCAGUUCAGAGACGAUGGCGAUGAUGAGGAUGAUGAUGGUGAUAGGGAGGGAGGCUCUGCGCAUCUCCUGGCAUCUGUAGGGGCCUAUCCACUUCAACCUGCCCCCACCACCUACGCACCUCUUUCCCUUCCUGCCCUACACCCACCAGGAAGGAUGACUGUGGUGUCCACAGAAAACAUGGACGAUACCUCCACCUUGCCAGGUCACCCACAGGACCCCUACCCGCUUGACGACGACCACAAUGAUCAUGACUGCUGCGAGCGGGUGGUCAUCAACAUUUCUGGGCUGCGCUUUGAGACCCAGCUGAAGACCCUCGCCCAGUUCCCGGAUACGCUGCUCGGGAACCCCAAAAAGAGGAUGCGCUACUUUGACCCCUUAAGAAACGAGUAUUUCUUUGAUCGGAACCGUCCGAGCUUUGACGCCAUCCUGUAUUAUUACCAGUCUGGGGGGCGGCUGAGGAGGCCAGUCAAUGUCCCGCUGGACAUGUUCUCAGAGGAGAUAAAGUUUUACGAACUUGGUGCAGAGGCUAUGGAGAAAUUUAGGGAGGACGAGGGAUUUAUACGGGAAGAGGAGCGGCCUUUGCCAGAAAAGGAGUUCCAGCGGCAGAUUUGGCUCCUCUUUGAACAUCCAGAGAGCUCGGGACCGGCCCGGGGGAUUGCCAUUGUCUCAGUGAUGGUCAUUCUUAUUUCAAUAGUCAUAUUUUGUUUGGAGACUUUACCGGAGCUAAAGGAGGAUCCCAAUGACCGCAUUCACCAAGUGGGCAACACCACCAUGUAUUACAAGGCAAACAUCCUGACAGACCCUUUCUUUUUGGUAGAGACGCUCUGCAUCAUCUGGUUUUCCUUUGAACUGAUAGUCCGCUUCUUUGCUUGCCCUAGCAAAGCAGCAUUCUUUAAGAACAUGAUGAACACUAUUGAUAUUGUGGCUAUAUUCCCAUACUUCAUCACUCUUGGCACAGAGCUAGCUGACGACCAAGAAAACAGGGAGGGAAGGGGAGGAGGGGAACAAGCCACAUCUUUAGCCAUUCUCAGGGUCAUUCGUCUGGUGAGGGUAUUCCGGAUCUUUAAACUGUCCCGACACUCCAAAGGGCUCCAGAUUCUGGGCCAAACUCUCAAGGCAAGCAUGAGGGAGCUGGGACUGCUCAUUUUCUUCCUCUUCAUUGGUGUGAUUUUAUUUUCCAGCGCCGUUUACUUUGCUGAAGCUGAGGAAAAGGAGUCGUUCUUCACCAGCAUCCCGGAUGCUUUCUGGUGGGCUGUGGUGUCCAUGACAACCGUUGGCUAUGGGGAUAUGUACCCAGUGACCAUCGGAGGGAAAAUUGUUGGAUCGCUUUGCGCCAUCGCUGGUGUGUUGACCAUCGCACUGCCUGUACCAGUCAUAGUGUCCAAUUUCAACUACUUCUACCACCGGGAGACGGAAGGUGAGGAGCAAGCACAGCUGCUCAACAUCAGCAACCAAAACUUGGCAUCAGAAACCAACUCAAGCCGCCGCACUUCUUCUGUGGUCAGCAAGUCAGAAUACAUGGAGAUAGAUGAGGACUUGAACAACAGCAUUGAUAACUUUAGAGAAGCAAACCUUAGAACUGCCAACUGCACGACCCCUAGCCAGAACUGUGUGAACAGGGGGAAGCUGCUCACCGAUGUGUGAGGCAAUGCCAAACACACUGCUGUAAAUACUGUAGAAAUAUCUGGAUGCUUUAACUCUAUAGGCGCAUUUUGUUCGUUUUUUUAAAUAUUAUUCUUUUAAAGGCAUAAACACACUUUAAGACACCUAUAGUGAGGCAAUAUUGAGCAGAUCUUGGCAAAAAGUUAUGUUAAAUAUUUGUAUCCAUUCCAAAAAAAAUGUAUGGGUUACUGCCACUUUUACACAUCAGAUUCAAUCCUUUUUGGCCAGAUGUGGGACUCAGGUGUAAGACGCUGUGUCCUUCAUCCCGGACAAGUCCCAAAAGGUCUUAUUUGGCUCCUACAGGUUAAAAAACAACAGAAUUUUAUACUUUUAACAAAUGAAUUCUCAGAUUCAUUUUAAAAUUUCAAGGGGUUACUCCAUCAAUUUAACAUGUUUAAUCUGCUUGGCUCAAGGGCAAAGGGCUCAUUGUUAGGUAUACCAGACCCAAUUAAUUAUACUGCUUUAGAAUAUUAGGUAAAUAAUGUUCUCUUGUUACCCUUUAAACCGUGUGAUGUAAUUAAUUAAAUAAAAGGGGUUACACUGCUCAUUUUAGAUGUGAAGCUCAAUUACCUUGGUCCUGAGGCAUGUUUUAGGUCCAUUUUCCUUACCUUGUAAACGAGCCCCCAACAAUCUCAUGACCUGCCUCCUGCACUGCUGUUUUUAGACACGAGGCUCAAGCCUUUUUUUUGACUGAGGGAAUUUUACAGGUACUAUAAGUCUUACUGUGUAUUCUACACAAGCCCCUGAUGAAUUUUAAAACGCGACUUCUGAACUAUGAGAUGUUUUUUUUUUAGAAUAACAGAAGUUAUUCCACUAGUUAUAUACAUAUUGAAUCCAUUUAAGUGGCAGAGACAAGACUUUGCAUCCCGGAUAAGACCCCAAAUAACAACAUGAUCUCAAUACUUUGGAAAAUUAUCAAUUUCCUACCAUUUGAAAUCUGAUAUAUAUUUUAAAAUUAUGGGGGUGGCACUGCUGAUUUAGCACAUCAAACUUUAUUCCUUUUGGCCUUGUGACGUAUUAUGUCUGCUAGAGGUCCUACUUUUGUAUUCUGGACAAGCCCUCAAUCAUUUUACAACCAGGCUCUGCUGUAUUGUCAUGAAUUGACAGGUUAGUCCAAUAUUUUAACAACCACAAUCCAUUUGGUCCUGAGACCAACAUUAGGCGUUUCCUCAAUACUUUGGAAACUGUUUACUGAAUAUUCUUUUAUUUCAUCAGAUGUACUUGAUACAAUUAAGGAGGGGUUGUACUGCUAUGUCAAGCUUAAAUCCCUUUUGUCUGGAGGCAUGUUUCAAGUGCUGGAGGUCUUAUUUUUGUAUCACAGACAAGCAGCCAACAAUUUCACAACCCAGCUCCAAGAGUUUAUGACAUCUACUGAAUUUUCUAAAUGUAUUCCAUGCAUGGUCGGACUACACAUUUUACUUGGUCUGUCUGCUCCAGAGGUGAGCUUUAGGUGGUAGGGGUCAUGGUUUUAUAACCCAGACCCCAAAUAAUUAAGACUUGGCUACAACAGUCUGAAAAAUGAAUGUUACUUAUUAUGUAUUAAUUAAGUAUUAUGUAAUACUUAUUAUGUACUUAUGCUACAUUUGUCCUUUAAUAUGUCAAAUGUGUUUACAAUAUCAGUUUAUUACGGAAAAGACCCCCAAUAAUGUUAAAACCCAGUCUGAAGAGCUUAGAAGAUGUUUUACAGAAAUAUGAAGAUGAAUCUGAAAUUUAGAAAUGCAAAAAUAUAAAAAAGUAUGAACAAAAACUAAUAAACAUCCCAACACUUUCCAGGUAUUACUUAUAAUCCACACCCCGAGAGCCCAUCUACCAAUAAAAAGGCAUACUGCUCUCUGCCAUGGUUUAAAACACAUGUAUUCUUAUGGUAUAAUUGUUACAAAUAGGUGCAGGUUUUUAAAGACAGAGGAGCAUGAUCCAAUUGCUCUCUGGGAAAUGUAGUGUUCUUGCGACAUGCCAAUAAUAGUCUGUAUUGACCCGAAUUGUGCAAUACUAAAUUGAUGGAGUGCCUCUUUAAUUACAUGCAAGUCUCUGCUAUAAAUGGAGUAUAACUUUAAACCUAUUUACUGCAACGUUUCACUGCCAUCUUUUUUUACUGAUGUGUAUUAAUUUAUAAUAUUUUUAAUUCUCCAGCUCUUAACAGCUGAAUAACACAAAUCAAACAUUUGUGGAAAAAAGGCUGGUUUAUUUAGAUUAUUAAAGCACUUUAUAUUAACCUAAAAACACAUUAAAACAUUUAGGAGAGUCAUAUCAAAUAUUAAUAAAAAUAAGUGUUUUAAGUGAAUACAUAGAAUAAGAAAGAUGAACGUUGAGGACUAAACUGGAGGACAAAGAAUAAAACUGGUUGAUACAUUUUUGAUGAAAGAAACAGCAGCCUGGUUUGGUGCAACAGACUCAAUGCCGUGGAUGAAAGCCCAUCUAAGAUUCACAAGAACAACUUCCUCCUUGAACAACCGCACCAGGGAUGGAUUACAAUUACAGACGUGUGUGCUUUCUGCAGCACAUCCAGGAAAAUUGGAAAAACAUUACAUGGCGAAUUUUUCAGGCACUUUCUGAAAAGCAAACAGGAAGAUUGUGGAGCCUUUUGGAAGGAGGAUCUGCACCAAUGCUGCUGCAGGUCAGCUGAGGGUUCCCUGUUUAAUGCCAUGCAACGCUCCUUUAUAUAAACGCAUGUGGAGACUCUUCUCUUUUAUAUCAGCAUGCACACAACGUUACCUCAUUUUCUUUUUCUUUUUGUUGUUGUCUUCUUCAGCUUCCCUCAUCUUCUCCUGGAUUAUGUUUCGUUUUCACCAGAAGUGCUCUGGCCGUUUAUCGUCAAAGUUGUUUCAGAGCAUUUCCGUCUUGAAUGUUUAAGGAGAACAGCAACAUUUGUUUCUUCGGAGAUCACGGCAUGUCAAAAUACUUCAGCAUUACGGCCUAAACAGCUAUGAUAUAGCUACAUAUAUUCAAUGCAUGACGUCAGUAUUAAAUUGCUUGCAGUUUUCAAUGGAGCGCGGGAAAACGGAGGGGAGGUGACGAUGAUUCCCGUUAAGGUACUCCGUGGAAAAAUGCAUGACGGAGGAAAACUGUUAGAAGGGGCUAAUGUGCUCAAAACAAAAGAAAUCUUAAAAAUAUAAUUACUUUCAGAAGUUUUUUCCUCCUUUUUGUAUUUCCCUAAAGAUUGAUACUGAGUGCAUGGGAACGUUUAAUUUGAUUUGUGAGCCCAUUUUUCUGUUAGUUUGAAGAAGAAAAGGAGUAUGAUAACGAACAAAGCUCGAAGAGUAUAUAUCUAAAAAUUAGCUUUCAGUGCCUUGAAGCCUGUCUUAUUAUAGAAUUGACUAAAGUGCCUGCUGUUAUAAGAGCUUACGUUGUGCAGCUUAACCCGUCCUUAUAUAAAGAUGCCCUGAUCCCACAUAUCUGCCACUGAAGAGACAGUUUGCUCCAUAUGUUUGGGCCAAAAAAAAACAAAACCCUCAGCUAUCCUAGUCGAUGACACAAAGCUGCAGCACAUAAUCAGCAUUGCGAGCAAAACAAUAAUCAGCGUCUGUUUUGGUCAAAUCCAGCAGAAUCCCAUUGUUUGCAUACACUGUUUAAAAUCAAAACCUGUUUUAGAUCAGUGAGGAUUAUCAAAAUUUUUUCUAUUUGCUAAAUGCCAGAACAGCUUUAUUUAGAUUCAUUUUAUUACCUUCUCAAAAUUCAAAUGUUUACAUACACUAAGAUCAGUAUGCCUUUAAAAGCCCAGAUGACUUUGCAAGCUUUUAAUAGGUUAUGACAUCAGGAAGUGAAUUGUGGACCGUGGUUUAUCCUUGAGGCCAAUUUCCAGAUGUCGGAAGGUGCCACAUUCAUGUGUUUAAAGAAUUAAAUGCUAGUAUAAACACCAUGAGAAAGUCCAGCUGUCAUACUGUUCAGGAACGAGACAGGUUCUGUGUCCCAGUGAUGAGUGUCUUGGUGCCACAUAAGAGCUUCAACCCCACAACAAACGCGGAUGAUCUUGUGAAGAUCCUGGGUGACUCUGGUAACCCCUAACCUGGGCUGAAGGGCCACUUAGUGAGGAAGAAGCCAUUACUCCAGAACCACCAAAAUUCCAGAUCACAGCUUGCAAAUACACUCAGGAACCAACACCUUUGGUUUUAGAGAUAUUAUUGUCCAGUUUGGAGGAAAAAGAGGAAAGCCUGAGAUCACCAUCCCAACUCUAAAGUACGGUGGUGGCAGCAUCAUGUUGUGUGGAUGCUUUGGUGCGGGAGGGACAUCUAUUUGAAAACGGACGGCAUGAUGAGAGAAGAACAUUAUCUGGAAGCACUGAAGGAACAAUUCAAGACAUCAGCCAGGAAGUUGAGACUUGGACACACAUGGGUCCUCUAGGUGGACAUAUACCCAAAGCCUAAUGCCAGAUUAGUUACAAAGUGACCAAAAAUAGAAAAUUUGAGGGCAGAGCUGAAAAGGUGUGUGUGAGAGAGAAAGGCGGCCUAUAAGCCUGAUUCAGUUCCAACAGUUCUGUCCAGGGAGAAUUGGGCCAGAACUCCAACACAAUACCGUGAGAAGCUUAAUGGAGAAGCACAAAACAUUUGACCCAAGUCAUGCAGUUUAAAAGGCGAUUCUACCAAAUACUAAGUAGAUGUAAACUUCUGAAUUUAAAGAACAAAACUUAUCAUUCUUGCUUGUAGCAAAUAGAAAAACAGUGUAUGGAAGCAUCUGGGUUUAUGUGGAGGGUUAGUUCUGGGAAUCCAGGACACCAUGUAAAAGUUUAGACAUGAUCACUGUGAUAAGAGUCCAGAUUACUUAACACCAACAGGCAUCGCUUGAAUCCGCCAUUAUGUAACAAUGAAUUUAAUUAGCCAACUCAUUAACCGCCUGUUCCGACGCCUUCGUUUCACUGUUGAGCCUGAAUCAAAGUAACGCACAAAUUUCCCCCCUGGAUGGACUGCUGCAGACGAUUUAUCUGCUGAUUUAUUGGCUACUGAGGCAAGUGACCCAUUUUUAAAUAAAGCUGGAUAAUCAAAUCCGAUCGAGGAGAAAAUACCAGAAUUAUACUUCAAAACAAGCCGGCUAUCAAACUGAUAUGGUGUAAACUUUAAGCCACUUUUAAUCAAGAAUCUACUUAAUUAUUUUCAGUAUGAAUCUAAUGUGGUGAAGUUUAGUUAUUGCCAACAAAUUGAGUAAAAAAAAUAAUAAUAAUAAUAAAAACACGACCUAAUGAGAGCACAAACACCACCAGUUUUCAGCAGGACCAAAAAUAGAUUCUUUCCUGACUAAACCCAGAGAGAAAUCAAAGCGAGCCUGUUUUAUUUUGGUUAUCCGUUCCUCAUCAGGCCCCUUUGUUCCCUCACCCUGUCUUCAGUGAAGAGGUCUGAGCAGCGAGAGGAUCCUGCUUCAUGUGCCUUGGAGCUGUGGGACGUUUCAGUUCAGGGAGGGCUGAUGGAUCUGUAGAGGCACUCAAGUGUUUCCUCUGCAGAGCAGCAUUAGUCAUUCUGCCUGCCGGUAAAAUGGCGCUGCUGCUGCUGCUGUUUCAGGACGGGGGAGCAGAGCUAUGGGAGCGAUGGGUUUUUCUGCAGGGCAGAAACGACUGACUAAAACAACGGUUCCAACUGAGCCGACUUUAUGUUCUAAAGACUCGGUUCUGGAUAGUGUGCAUUAGUAUUCAGCCCCCUGGGUGAACACUUUGCAGAACCAAAUUUAACUGAACUUACACUGCAAGCCUGUUAGGGUUUGUCUCUAACAGCGUCAAACAUCAGUUUGAAUUUUUACACACACAUCUUGGCAAAAAAGAUUAGUGUUAAUGGAAUUAAGUCUGGACUUUGACUGGGCCUUUCUGAUAUAUAAAUUAUUUGAUAUUCUGCAGCCUCCAACAGGUUCUCUUCUGGUACCGUCCUGUAUUUAGCUCCAUAUUGCUGCUAAAGAAGGGCUUCCCUGCAGCAUGAUGCUGCCAUCACCAUGUUUCAUUCUGGGAGACUGUUUUUACAAUGAUGUGCAGUAUUGCGCUUUGCAUAUAGGCCAAGAAGUUUAAUUUCUGUCUCAUCUAGUCAGAUGAAUCUUCUUCCUAUGUAUCCUAUAUGGUUUCUGGCAAACUGCAAGACUUUGUCUUCUUGCCACCCUUCCAUAAACACCAGAUUUGUGAAGUGGAAGAUUAAUUCUUGUCCUGUUGACAUUGUUCCACCUGACCUGUGUACCUCUCCCGCUCCUCCAAAGUUACCAGGGGCCUCUUGGCUGCCUCUCUGAUUAAUGCUCUCCUUUUCUGCUGUUUCUUGGUCUUCAUGAUGCUGGUUGUUCAGUAAUGACCUCUUACAAACCUCUGAGGCCUUCACAGACCAGCACACAUGUGUACUCUAUUUACUAAUUAGGUAAUAUUUUAAUUGGCUGGACUGGAUUUUUUUGGGGUAUUAUAGUGAAAGGGGCUGAAUACAAAUUUGUGCCACAUUUCUUUAAGUUUUUUUUGCUAAACAUGUUGAAAACCAUCAUUUUUGUUCUACUAUUUAACUAUGUUUCUGGCCUCAGAGACAUCUGUACACCUCAGAUGUUUGCCACUUAAUGGAUGCAAUAGCUCCCAUUACUGCCCUCUGGUGGCUAUUCUAGACAUUCCAGCUCCUUGUAAAUCCUCAAGCAUCCUGAUCACUGGACUGCAUGGGAUCCAAAUUAGACUGAACCCUUUUCGUCAGGUCUAUAAUAACAGGGUCAUUUAGAAUAUCACCAAAAUGCACUUUAUCUCAGUAAUUCAAUAAAAAAAAAGAGAAACUCAAUUUGAUUAAUUUCAUACAGUGACAUGUUUCAGCAAUUAUUCCUGUUAUUUUUGAUUAUGGCUUGCAGAUCAUGAAAACCCAUAAAAUUUAGUCAUUCAUUAAAUUUUUAUAAUACAUAAAACCAUCAAAAAAGGAAUUUUAUUACAAAAGUGAAAUGUUCAGCCAUAAUGCACAAAGAUGGUGCUGACUGCUGACCCCACAGUUGUUCAGCCGAUAGUCAUGAACAGCCUCCACAAGGUGGGUCAGCCAUAAAAAACUCACUGCCAAACAACCUGGCUGUUUACAGAGUGCUGUAUAAAACCAUAUUAAUUGAAAGUUUAGUAGAAGGAAAAUAUGUGGCAGAAAAAAGUGCACAAGCUUAAGUCCAACCAAGGAUUUAGUGCAUAUGAGUGUGUCAUUUCUGUAUUAAAAUACUUUUUUCCCCCUAUGUUUCUGAUUUAAAAUUUGUUUAAAAUUAGUUUCAGUAGCCAUACAGCAUAAUCAGACAAAUAGGAAAUAUGUCACUCUUGUGUUGAAAGAAUCUAUAUACAGGUCUCACAUUUGAACUGAAUUACUGAAAUACAUUUGUUUUACAAAAUGUUCUGAUUUAUUGAGAUGCACCUGCAGAUCCCACAAAUUUCACACUGUACAUUAUCACCACUAGAUGGCAGGAUAACAAGCACUGUAAAAACCAACCUGGACAAGGGGAUCUCUCUCACCAAGCUUUGCUGCAGCUGUGUGUCACUGACGGGUUUCCUAACCGGCGCAUUAAAAUCCCUUUAAUUAGUCUGGAAAAACUACAUAAAAGCUACAAAGGUGCUACGUGUUAAACAUACGGAAAGAUUGAGAGAGAAAAAAGAAAACAUUUUACCUUUAAAUUUAAUCAUAUCAAUAUUAAGUUUAUUCUAGAUUAUUGAUUAAAAGCACCGUCAGGGAAGUCGAUGGUCUUUUAAUUGGUUUAGCUUCAUAUUCGGGGGGCCAAAGUUGGAGAGAUUUCUGUAGCUGAUGCAACUGAAGGGACCAAAUGAUGUUUUGUAGUUUGAGUUACAUAUCAUCAUUUUAACAUUUUUACUGUCUGAUCUACAGUAAACAGGAAAGAACUUCUCCACUUUUCAAUGAAAAAUCCAGUUUGUACCUCUCUAGUAAAUGCGAUUAAAUUAGAAGCUUCCUACUGCCAGAAUCCAACUGAUUUCCAGUUGAUUAAAUUUGUUUUCUAACAGAAACAUUAAGCAGCUGCGGACGUUUCCCAACCUGGUGAUUUCUAGAAUUUAUCGAUCAAGAUAAUUUGAUUUGUUGCUGCUUUGAGGCAUCAGAACAGCCUGAAAAGAGGUUUGGUCUCAGCAAUAAACUUAAUUCAGCUCCGAAGUGUGUCUCAUCCUCACAUUUGUCUUGCAAUGUUCAAUAAAUCAGUCAUUAAAUGCAGCUAAUCAGGAUUUGCUGCUACUUUACACUGCUUUCUGUCAUUAAUCUGCUGGAAACCUUUCAAGUAAAAAAAAAAAAAAACACGCAAAGUUCAAAGCAAAAGAAAUGAAUAUUAAGAACAUGCAACAUUCAGCAAAUUUCAGGUAAAAAAAAGCAGAAAUCAUUCAGAUAUUUUGUGUUUAAAUGUUUAGGCAGUUUAGGGGUUCAGUUUUUUCUGCAGCUUGAAGACUGAAUCCUUUCAAAAUGACACAUUUUUGUUAUUUCAGUUCAAAUCUUCAGUCAGAUGGAAAAAGUCCAAUGUUUUUUUCAAUUCUGUAAAAAUGUAUUUUAUUAUUUUAUGUCUAUUUAUUUUAAAUGUUUUAAACAUUUAUUUAUUUUAUUCUGUUUUUUUUUUUUUUUACAGCUUAACAAUGCUGAGCUGUUGAUGAAUAAGGUUUAUUUUCAGAUGAUGAUAGUGGGACAUUUGCAGAGUUUCUGACAGUAAAUAUCCCCAAAUGCAUGGAUGACUGCAGACUAAACUGUAUGAUUCCCAGUCUAAAGAGGGGAUUUACAACCAGAAUAACAACUGUCUCCAGCUGGUUCAAUUUUCUGUUUCCUGUCGGUGAGAAGCCAAAGUCUCAGAGAUGGACGCAUUGUAUUUGUUUCCUUUCUGCUGGUCUGUGGAGGUUUUCUCUGAACUUGUUGGUUGUUUUUGUUUGUUUUUACUGUUUCUCUCUGAUUGGCUGCUGCUUUCGUCUGCAGAGCUUUUCACUGGCCGCUGAGGCAGAGUCUGUAACCUAUGCAAGGUUAGUCAGCAGUUUCUGUCCAUUCUGAUCUCAUCAUAUAACAGCAUCUUCAAUAAACCCUGGAAAAUAAA